UCAGGAGUAGGAGGAGGAUUGUAGGCCCCGUGGGAGGGUAGGCCUCGGGCCUGGUGGAGCGAUGGGCGACUGGUCGCUGCUCUCCCGGAUCCUGGAGCAGGUGCACCAGCACUCGACGGCGGUGGGCAAGGUGUGGCUGACGGUGCUGUUUGUCUUCCGGAUGCUGGUGCUGGGAGCGGCCGCCGAGUCGGCCUGGGGGGACGAGCAGUCCGGCUUCAGCUGUAACACCCGGCAACCGGGCUGCGAGACCGUCUGUUACGACCGGGCCUUCCCCGUCUCCCACGUCCGCCUCUGGGUGCUCCAGGUGGUCUUUGUCUCCACCCCGUCGCUGGUCUUCGUCGCCCACGCCCUGCGCUCCGUCCGCCGCCAGCAGGAGGCGCCAGCGGGGGGCGCACCGGGACGUCAGGGAGACAAGGCGCAGAUCCGCGGGGCGCUGCUGGGUACCUACGUGUGCUGUGUGCUGGCCCGCUCGGCCCUGGAGCUGGGCUUCCUGGCCGCCCAGUACCUGCUGUACGGGAUCUUCCUGAGCCCCGUGUACCGGUGCGAGCGGGCGCCCUGCCCCACCCCCACCGACUGCUUCGUCUCCCGGCCCACCGAGAAGAACAUCUUUGUGGCCUUCAUGGCCGCCGUCUCCGGGGUCUCGCUGCUCCUGGGGCUGGCCGAGCUCUGCUACCUGGGCAGGCGGCGGCUGUGCCCCCCCACCCUCGAGGCCCAGGCCCCUUCCCCCAAUGCCUGGCCCCACCGCCCGCAGAACCAGGACCUCCGCGUCACCGUCUGA